AUGAAGCUCAUUGUCUCACUUCUUGUUUUGGCUGGUUUCGUCAGUUCUGCUAGAAACGGAAUUGAUUUCAUUCAACCGGUUACUGUAGCCACGUUCCAAUGUAUUAAGAAUGCCGGCUAUUCGUUCGUUAUUCCACGUGUUUUCACUUCCCUUGGAAAAGUUGACACUACUGGAGUCAAUAAUGUGAAGAAUGCCAGAGCUGCCGGUUUGACUGAUGUCGAUGGAUACGUGUUCCCAUGUCUUUCAACCAGUUGUCCAUCUGCUGCAAACCAAGUAAAGGCUGCAUUGGAUGCUCUCAAGAAUGCUGGAACUAAAGUAUCUACCCUCUGGCUUGACAUCGAACGUCUCGCGUGGCCAGCCAAUCAUGCCAGUAACCGUGCAUUCAUCGAAGCAAUGGUCAAAGAAGCACAAGCUUAUGGACAACAAGUUGGAAUCUACAGUAACUAUUACAACUGGCAAGAUAUUGUUGGAUUGGAUUACCACGGACAAUCGAAUUUGAUGCUCUGGUGGGCAGCAUAUGACGGAGUGAAAGACUUCUCGAAGUUCGCUGCAUUCGGAGGAUGGACUCGUCCAACAAUCCAUCAAUGGGAAGGAACUACUGCUGGUCCAUGCGGAGUCAGUGUCGAUAUGAAUUAUGUUCCAUAA